AUGUUCAAAUUCAAGCCGAAGAUUCCGACACUGGCACGAAUUCCCAGCGAGAUCAGGCUUUCUUCACAAUGGAUAAAAGCAAGGAGUUCCUCAAAUGAAGAUAUCAAUGUGGAGAAACUUUUUGUGGACCAAGAAGUUCAAAAACUUCUUACCGACUUAACAGAAAUCGAUCUCGAGUACAAAGUGUUCCGUCCAAGAAGAACCUCCAUUCAGCAAAGAUCCCAUUUCGCUUUGAUGACAGAGGAGCGACUUGAAAAGACUCGUGAAAGAAUGCGGGAAGAGGCUCGUCGGUUUUUGCAAUUUGUUCCAGUCAAGGAACCCCGAGUAGAAAGUGUUCAAAUAUUGGCCCAAGAUUCAGAAUUGAAAGAUUUCGAUACAAGCAAAUUCGUCUUCACUGAUAUCACUUUCGAUGCCACUGAUCAAGAUCGUACCGUUGUCGUUAGAGAGCCUGAUGGAACACUGAGAACCGCAAACCCCGAAGAACACGAUAGAAUGAACAGAACUUAUUAUCAGAAACCGAACCGACCAGUGAAUGCGCCAGCGCUUUUCACCGAUCCAUAUCUUCAGAAUGCGCUUGAUAAAAACGAGCAUGAGUUUGUUCUUGACUGGGCGUGCUGGUUUUAUGAGCCAGACGAUCCGUCCUACAUUCGGCUGAGUCAACUUGUAUUUGAUCGUAUCAACGAAUCAGGAAAAUUCCAUGUGAUCACUUCAACACGUCAUUUCGGACCUUUCACCUUCUUCCUGGCCCUCAAUGACAAUGUUCCAAAACUUCUGAACUAUUUCGGAGGCCUCGGACGCUUAGCUGAUUGUGCUAAUCUUGUCCGACUCCAAAAAGCAGUACGACCAGAUUGGAGAGUAACCAUCGCUCAGGGAGAUUCUGAUGAGAAAAUUGUGAAAGAUUUCAUCAAACAAAACGCUCGCUUCCGAGACCAAAUCGGAGAUUUACAAGCAUUUAUUUCCACGGGCAAAGUGAAGUCAGAACAUGAAGCCGAGAAGCAUUUCGGGCUCAGAGAACGACUGGGUCGUGUAGACAAAAGAAGAGUUCGAAUCACUUCGGGCAACAUUCGUGGCAGUGAAGGACCUCUUGGCGAAUUGAGUGACGAAUACUCUGUGAAAGUUGUGAAGAGUGAAGGAACUGUUGGCUCAGAUGGAACAGAAAAGAAAGAAGAAGGUCGUGGACGAGGAAGGUGGAGAAGUCGGGAUCAAAACACAGAUGAUAAGAAGGAAGAGUGA